AUGAUUCUUAUUCCGCAUCCUGGGAAUAAUCUAUAUCUAAUCGUUUGUGUAACAAUUAACACGGGCGUUACCAUUCAAAGCCUUCUCUGGGAAAUAUACCACGAUUCCUCGUUGCACAAUGUCGUGCUUGUGGUCGAUCCGACGACGAGUCUAGAACACCUUACCCAAUAUGAUGAUGAAACUGGAAUGUUAUUUGGCGUCAAACAGACACAUCUUGGUUCCGAGAGAACAGCACAUCUGGUGGACCCGGUCCUGGAGAAGCAGCCGAUCGCUUGGUGUGCAGGGUACACACCUCCAGAAAUGUUUUAA